UCAAGUCCCCCGCAGCCCUCCCUUCCCUCGCCUCCACCGCAGCGCAGGGCGGGUCUUCGACAGGAGGAGCGGCUCUCUCUUCGCCUGAUCUAGAUAGAGAAGGAGGAGGAGGAGGAGGUAAAAGCCACGACGUAAUCUCCGAAGGAGCGCUCUUCCCUAGGUGGUCGUCUGUUGUCUUUCUGCCUGCUGUGCAGCCCCUUAAACAGCACCGAUUUUAUCCUUUUAAAAGUGGCAACUCUAACCCUAAAUCAUCGUCAUUGGGAGGAGGAUUUUAAACGAGCCCUUGAGCUUUAACAAACUGUUAUCACCCGAGCACGCGUGGGCUGGAGAAACACAAAUGAUCUCAUCGGGCUGCGAAGAGUUACCAGCUCAACUUCUGCAGAUGCACCACACUUCCAUGCAGAGACCUGAUAUCCGUCCUACUGUUUCCCCAUCUGCAUAAACUGCAACCUAGCUGCUCCAAGCCCUUAGGAAGGACCAAGAGAUAGCAUUGCAUACAAAGCCAUGGAAAUGCAACCAAGUAAGCCUACACCUGAACCUCCUGUGAAUCCAGGGCCAGGCUAUCCACCUCCACCGGGAUAUUCACCUUCCCCGGGAUAUCCACCUGCGCCAGGAUAUCCACCUGCAGCAGGCUAUCAACGAGCUCAAGCUACAUAUGGAUUUCCCAUGUAUGCCUCUGCAUCAGCUUUCCCAGGACAAAUGACUUCAGCCCAACUAGUUGAAGGGCAACCUAAUGCGCCUGGCAGUGUAGUUUGGAUGCCAGCACCACCUGUGCCUCCCAAAUGUCCUCCUGGAUUAGAAUAUUUAAGCCAGAUUGAUCAGAUAUUAAUUCAACAGCAGAUUGAACUGAUGGAAAUGAUAACAGGCUUUGAAACUUGCAACAGAUAUGACAUCAAGAACACUUUGGGGCAAUGGGUGUAUUUUGCAGCUGAAGAAAAUGAUGACUUUACUGUAAACUGUUAUGGCCCAUCACGGCCAUUCACCAUCAAGCUCUUUGACAGUGCGGGCCAAGCAGUCGUAGAAGUGACAAGAAAUUUUCAGUGUACCUGUUGUUGCUGUCCUUGCAUUUGUUGCUUGCAAGAGCUUGAGGUUCAGGCCCCACCAGGCACAGUCAUUGGCUAUGUGAAACAGAAGUGGCACCCUUGUCUGCCUAAAUUUAUUAUCCAGAAUGAGGCCCGCGAGGAUAUGCUUAAAAUUGUUGCACCUUGUGUGCCAUGCCGCUGUUGUGAGGAUAUUCAUUUUGAGGUGAAGGCACUAGAUGGGAAGUCUGCAGUUGGACAGAUUUCGAGACAGUGGUCUGGCUAUGUGAGGGAGGCUUCUACGGACGCUAGCAACUUUGUAAUCCAGUUCCCAGUGGAUCUUGAUAUUAAAAUGAAAGCAAUGAUAAUUGGGGCCUGUUUCCUGUUUGAUUUCAUGUUUUUUGAACGUGCAGGAAAUAAAAAUGCAGCAAAUAGGAGGAGUUAGGCUGCACGCCGGAGCAGGACACAGGACGCACAGUGGAUAAGGACGUUAACUGCUCCCUCCUGUUUGCGUUAUGUAUACUUCAAAGAAAUCCUGCUACCUUUGUGGACAUUACACAAAAGCUACUAUGAAUUCAGCUUGCAUGAGAAAUUUUAGUUUUAUCACUUGCUUAAUUCUAAAACAACCAGUGGCUGCAGCCUUCAUGACAUUUAUACCAGGAUAUUCUCAAUAAAUAACUCAAGUAUUGCAAUAUAUACUGAGUGUUUUAAUUGUUCACUAUAGUAGGUGAACAUGCAUCUAGAAAAAUUUCAAUAUAGUUUCAUAUCUGGGCUGCUGAGUGAAAUGUUUAACGUGAUUGGGUAGCCUUUUGUUGAAGUGUUAACAGGUCAGGGUCGAAAUUCAUCAGGUUUUUUUCCAUUCUCGUGAUUUUCAUGGCCAUUCUUUUCAGUGGGGAGGGGGAGGGGGACUGCCUGGAGGAUCUGGGGCAGCCGUCUUUACAGUAAACAGCAUCAAAAUCAUACAGCGCACAGUCUUCCCUCUAAGGAACUUCUAUGUUUCAAGCAGAUUGAACAAAUGGGGGGGGGUAAUUUUACAUAUGUUAGUUUAUCAGGAACAUCAGGAAGUACAAUGCCAAGACCACGGCAAUACAGCCCGGAAAACCCACAACAACCAUCGUUCUCUGGCCGUGAAAGCCUUCGACAAUAUUAACAUAGGUACUCUUUCUGGAAUAAUUGAAUGAGAUGAUUUCAAAUAUAUUAUGGUUUCUUUUUUGUAUUCUUUAAAUAUAGUAAAUAGAACAACCCAAGAACAACAAGUUAAUUGAAUCUGUGAACAGUUACAUAAACAGCAAGUAUAAACAAUCUAAUACUGCCUGUAUAAUUGGGAUGCUUUCCCUUAUACAUCAAUAAAACUGUUACUUAUCA